AUGACCAUUUUCACCCAUUCAUCAAUUCCCGAUGAUUAUUUUCACCCAUUCAUAAAUUCCAUUUACUCCAACAGCGAUGACCAUUUUCACCCAUUCAUAAAUUCCAUCUACCCCAACAGCGAUGACCAUUUUCACCCAUUCAUAAAUUCCAUCUACCCCAACAGCGAUGACCAUUUUCACCCAUUCAUAAAUUCCAUCUACCCCAACAACGAUGACCAUUUUCACCCAUUCAUCAAUUCCGUCUGCCCCAACAGCGAUGACCAUUUUCACCCAUUCAUAAAUUCCAUCUAUCCCAACAGCGAUGGCCAUUUUCACCCAUUCAUAAAUUCCAUCUAUCCUAACAGUGAUGACAAUUUCACCCAUUCCGAUGACCAUUUUCACCCAUUCAUAAAUUCCAUCUACCCCAAGAGCGAUGACCAUUUUCACCCAUUCAUAAAUUCCAUCCACCCCAAGAGCGAUGACCAUUUUCACCCAUUCAUAAAUUCCAUCUACCCCAACAGCGAUGACCAUUUUCACCCAUUCAUAAAUUCCAUCUAUUCCAACAGCGAUGGCCAUUUUCACCCAUUCAUAAAUUCCAUCUACCCCAUCAGCGAUGACCUUUUUCACCCAUUCAUCAAUUCCAUCCACCACAACAGCGAUGACCAUUUUCACCCAUUCAUAAAUUCCAUCUAUCCCAACAGCGUUGACCAUUUUCUCUCAUUCAUAAAUUCCAUCGAUGACCAUUUUCACCCAUUCAUAAAUUCCAUCUACCCUAACAGCGAUGACCAUUUUCACCUAUUCAUAAAUUCCAUCUACCCCAACAGCGAUGACCAUUUUCACCCAUUCAUAAAUUCCAUCUAUUCCAACAGCGAUGACCAUUUUCACCCAUUCAUAAAUUCCAUCUAUCCCAACAGCGAUGACCAUUUUCACCCAUUCAUAAAUUCCAUCUAUCCUAACAGCGAUGACAAUUUCACCCAUUCCGAUGACCAUUUUCACCCAUUCAUAAAUUCCAUCUACCCCAAGAGCGAUGACCAUUUUCACCCAUUCAUAAAUUCCAUCCACCCCAAGAGCGAUGACCAUUUUCACCCAUUCAUAACUUCCAUCUACCCCAACUGCGAUGACCAUUUUCACCCAUUCAUAAAUUCCAUCUACCCCAACAGCGAUGACCAUUUUCACCCAUUCAUAAAUUCCCUCUUUUCCAACAGCGAUGACCAUUUUCACCCAUUCAUAAAUUCCAUCUCCCCCAGCAGCGAUGAUCAUUUUCACCCAUUCAUCUAUUCCAUCCACCCCAACAGCGAUGACCAUUUUCACCCAUUCAUAAAUUCCAUCUAUCCCAACAGCGUUGACCAUUUUCACCCAUUCAUAAAUUCCAUGUACCCCAACAGCGAUGACCAUUUUCUCUCAUUCAUAUAUUCCAUCUAA